GUUACUGUGAAUCUAGUUGCAAGCGCCGACUAGCACUUUGUGCUUUGUAGUCAUUGUUCCACGUGCAUUCCGCAUUCUCUGAGCAAACUCGAUUUUGACUCUCGGCUGAAUGCAACAACUCAACCAACUAGUACGUUCUAUCCGAUGUCGUUCUCUGACCUUUUGUCGCUACAGCAACCUGGUCUUGGAAGUGGGGAUUUCAAGCACACCCCAUCUCUCCCAGGUACUCAUCUAUUUGAAACGCUGAAGAGUAUCGACGAUGAAUUCUCAAACAGUCUGACUCUGAGAGAUGUCGAAAUGCAGGCUCCUCUAUCAGAGGAACUGACCGUCAUCGUCCUUGAUACGAACAUCCUACUGGACUAUCUUGAUGUGAUACAAGCAUUCGUCACGGAGGUUGAAGAGCAGGGAUUGCCUGUAUUGAUUAUCAUUCCGGGUGUCGUGAUUUACGAGCUUGAUGGGCAGAAGAAUCGCGAGAGGCUCUCUUGGUUUGCCCGUAGAGCAUCAUCAUGGUUGCUGAAAAAAGUGAAGGAACGAAGGUCGGUUAAAGGUCAGGCCUUGAAUGAGACGUGCAAAGCCUCGGGAAAUUGGAAAAAGAGGGACUUGGAUGCUGUACUAGAAUUUGGCUCUGAACGUAGCAACGAUAGUUUGAUCAUCGAUUGUUGCAAAUAUUUCCUACGGCAACGGCGAACAUUCUUGUGUAGCAAGGACAAGCUUUUGACCGUGGAAGCUGAAAGCGAAAGUGUAUUGACAAUAUCGCCCAGUCGCAACACAUUUUCCAGCCGUGACAUUGCUCAAGCUCUCUUUGGGUUUGAGGCUUCUCGCUUCAGGUUCAGCGGGUAUCAUCCGACAUACCGAAAUUCACUGGAAAAUUUAAUACAAGCAACACCUACGCCAGAACCAGAUGAUGACGGAAUGGAUGUCGACGAUGAUGCCUCUUCUGUGCCUCAGCUUCUUUACCCAAGCCACUCACUAGAUCUCCUCCACCUACAAGUGAUCGAUUAUUUCACAGGGUUGCUUCUGGAACUGGUUGUUCGUGUGGCAGGCCCUGACGUGCGGAGCUUUGGCAACAGCAACUCAACAUCGAAACAUGCGCCUUCCUAUUCAAGAAAGAGUUUUGCAACGUGGGGUGCUCUAGAUUGUUUGGACUACCUAGGGGGGAAGAAACGGUUGCCUAGGACUAGUCCACGGGUAGACACCUUCAUGACACGACCGUACGAAGGUGUGGGGGCGCGGAGAGGCCAAGAUUGGUCCCGACGGGACUGGGAGACGGCGUUAAAGGGGCUGAGGGAAAUAGGCGAUGACUGGCAAGAAGGAUCUAUUCGUGAGUCGGUACCUGCCGCAGAACUUCACAUCAGCCGUGUAUUUGCGAUGCCGAUGCGGCCAACGGGGCUGUGAAUCGCCCGCAGUAGUAAUGGAUCAUGACAUGAGGCUAUGGCGUCUCCGAGUUGCUUAUACUAGCUAGUAUCAGAAUCCAUUGACUUGAUAUUUUAAUCACCGUCCA